GCCAUUACCACGAGCCCAUCCUCCCCAAUUAAGGUGCCCCCUGCGGUGUAUGUUGGGGUUAUUAAACGUCCGCUCUUACGAUAUGAAUCUCAUACGAGCUGCUCAUAUUUCAAGAACUAACCUCAUAUUCAAUAGAACUUCACCUACUACUGAACAAUAUGUAACAGUACAAAGUAAGAACAGUGCCGGGUAACUGGCUAGGUACAGUAUCAAGUCUCAGGCAGUCCCACUGUGUUGUAAUGCCACACCAGGAAGAUCAAAGAAAGACGGGAAGGGGCUUACCUAUAACAAGCUGCAUUCUGACCCAGACUCUGUAUUGGGCUCAGAUGAGGAAGUGAAAUGAUUGCAUUUGUCUUUUGCUUCCUUGCUGGCAUUGGUCUGAGCAAAGUCUCUGGAGACUUCCUCAUAUGACUAAUAAGAGUACACACCGGUUCUGUCUCUCCAUGAGAUUGACGCUCUCUCACACACAUCAACAGGUUCUCCACCAGACAAGCAGGCUGAUUGAUGCUCCUUCUAACUGCCACCUACUGGAACUAGUUGAGGUUGCCUCACCUCACCCCCCCCCUGGCCUUCCUGCACCUGUCAGAUCUUCCAAAACUGAUGCUGUUGUUGUGGAAACCGUGAUGAAGUGAUAGAAAAAGGAGACGAGGAGGAUUCACCAACAGACAGAGUCCUGACAGGAGCCUGGAAGGAUACUACUACUAGACACUGACAGACCUGAGGCAGAGUGUGCCACACUGAGCUGAGGACCAGCAGCAUGGACCAGCAGAAUGGAAAAGUGGAGCGCUUCCUCAAGCUGGGCUACUCCAAUAGUGACAUUGUGCGUGUGCUAGAGAGCCUGCGUCAUGACGCCCAGACCAACGAAAUACUGGAGGAGCUGAUCAAGACCUGCCAAAUCACCACUACAACAACCACCACCACCCCAUCCAUACCAGCCAGCCGCUCAGCCCACUCCAGCCCACAGCUGGUCCCUCGAGGCUGCAGCUCUCCCCACCCCAGCCAGUCCCUACGGCCCAGCUCAGCUACAGACAGGGAUCCCACUUUGGGAUUCAGACCGGUGGUAAUUGAUGGAAGCAAUGUGGCCAUGAGCCAUGGCAACAAGCAAGUGUUUUCAUGCCGGGGGCUGUUGCUGGCAGUUAGGUGGUUCUUGGAGAGAGGUAUCCGUGACAUCACAGUGUUCGUGCCUCUGUGGAGAAAGGAGCAACCCCGUCCUGAGGCCCCCAUGACAGAUCAGCCCAUCCUCCAUGAGCUGGAGAAGAGAAAGAUCCUGGUGUACACCCCAUCACGCUGCGUCAACGGGAAGAGAGUGGUGUGUUACGACGACCGCUACAUCAUCAAACUGGCCUACGAGUCUGAUGGCAUCGUUGUGUCCAAUGACAACUACAGAGACCUGCAGAUAGAGAAGCCAGAGUGGAAGACGUUUAUAGAGGAAAGGCUGUUGAUGUACAGCUUUGCCAAUGACAAGUUCAUGCCUCCUGAUGAUCCUCUGGGAAGGAAUGGCCCAACGAUUGACAACUUUCUGAGAAUAAAGCAGUGGACCCCAGAAAACAAGAAGGAGCGUUGCCCAUAUGGGAAGAAGUGUACUUAUGGAGUGAAGUGCAAGUUCUACCACCCAGAGCGCUCCAACCAAUCGCAGCUGUCUGUAGCAGAUGAACUUAGAGCCAAGAGCAAACCUGCUGCUCAGACAGACAGGGAGUGGUCAUUUCUCCCCUCAGGCCUCGGCCAGGAGGGCCAUAUCUACACAUCCCUUUAUGAGCCGGAUCACACUACUAAUCAUCUACACAGAUAUCCUUCCACACCGCCUCACCUUAGAAAAAAUGAACAUUCCCAUUCCCACAGGGCUUUGCCAAGUGAUCAGUUCACCAGCCAGAGAGAAACAGGCAGCCCAGUUCUACAGCACAAAUCCAGCCACCACUUCUGCCCCAGCCCAGACACUGACGAGGCCUUUGGCUCCUUGGAGACCUCCCUGUCCGGACUAUAUGUCCAGGACCAGACAAACAACCCCAAGGGGCCCGGGGUGUCUUACACAUACAGCAGUGGGGUGGCCGGGUGCAGCCAGGGCAGUGGGGACGUCUACCCUUCCAGCACUUACAGCAGCCACAGUUACGGCAGCAACACACAGAGGCUCAGCCUGGGUGGUCCUUCCUCGGGAGUUCACUAUGCCCCCCAAAGACUGCUACAUUGUGGCUGUGACCACUCACAGAGCUGUGAGUGCAGCCAGUGCAUGUACGGCCACCAGCAUCUCCAGCCACAGCUAAGAAAGAGCUCCUAUGUUGUUCACAGUAACCCCAUCCAUUUCACCGAGCAGCAGUACUUUCAGAGUCCUCCCCCACAAAGGCAGAGUCACAGCCUCCCAGAACACAGCCUGGGACAGGGCCUCUCUGGCGAGAGAGUGGAGAUGACCAGGUCCAAUGGCGGUAAAGCUGCAGAUAGUGAGCAGAGGAGGAGUGUGAAGAACCAGCUCAGCACCCUCUUCCCCCCCAGCAUGGUAGACUAUGUGAUGAGUCUGUACCCACACACGCUCAACAAGUCAGAGCUGGUUCCUCUGAUCCAGAGGUUCAGAACCAGUCACGUUCCCUUCUAACGUGCAAGAUCUUUCUCUGUAAGCAUUAAACACAGUAGUUCCUCAGCAGACUAGAGACAAGCUUGAAAAUGUAGCAGUCUGUGCUGAAUUUCCUAUGUAUGUAUAUAGGUCAAGUGCAAUGCACUACCAUCUCCUGAAUGAUGCUAGUUCAUUUUGAAUCUAGCAUUGCCUUAAAGAGUAUCAAAGCAGCAUGUGUUGUUUUAACAUGUAGCCUCAAACUGAGGGAAGCUAUUUGACAAAAUGGGUGUUAACCUGUACGGUAUGCAGAAUAAUACUGUCCUUGUCAUUUGUUUGUUGUCCAUAUUAAAAAUAAGUC